AUGGCUGCGGAAGAGGACAAUUUCGACAUUGACAUCUAUGGUGAUGGCGGAGAGGAUGAUCAAAAUCAAGAGCCGGAGGAUGGGAUGAAGGCCGAGGAAUCCUCCGACCAGACUCUACAACCAUCAGAGCCUACAUCAAAUGCAGCAGACCAUUCCUCGGCAAAUGACCAGAGAGUAAAUUCAGACGUAAAGAUUGAGCAUGAAGGCAAUGAUGUUGCACAAAAGAUCGCCAGCACAGACGAAUCUGGUUCAGAUCCUGUGCAGCUUCCGAAACAAGCACCACAGACACAGGGACUGAAGCGAAAAGACGGAGUGGACGAUCGAUACGUUGAUCCUGGCGCGACCACCGCUCUUUUCGUGUCCGAGCUACAUUGGUGGGUCAAUGAUGACGACGUUCGCGGCUGGGCAAAUCAGAGUCAGUGUGAGGACGAGCUUGAGGAUAUGACAUUCAGCGAACACAAAGUGAACGGGAAGAGUAAAGGUCAGGCCUAUGUCCUAUUCAAAACGCCGCAAGCUGCGACAGCCGCAAAGCACAAGAUUGAAUCCUUUGGUGAAGGCCAACAGUACACGAAAAAGUUCACGGUCAGCUACACCAAUCCCUACACCAACCCUUUCCGUACGCUUCCCAAAGACGGGCCUGCUCGAAAUAACGCUCCUGUAAAUAACAAUCGGUCGACUUCCGGGUCAUACGGUGGUGCAGGAGCAGGAGGCACGGGUGGCACGCCACAGUCCUUCAACAAUGGCUCCGGUGGCUAUCGAGGCAACCGAGGAGGUGGGUACAACAAUCGGGGUGGAGGCAUGAACAAUAUGUCAGGCUACAGCAGAGGAGGCUUCCAACAACCAGUGACGGGGAGCUUCCAAGGCUCUGGCAUGGGCGGCUUCCAAGGCUCACCCAUGGGAGGCAUGCAGUCCUAUGGAGGCUUUCAAACCCGAGGGGCCAUGAUGGGAGGCAUGCGUGGAGGACCGAUGGGCAUGCGGGGGGGAAGAGGAGGUAUAAACCCUAGUGGAAUAAUGGGCAUGCCGAUGACUGGGAUGGGCAUGAGUGCGAUGGGAGGCAUGGGGAUGAGUAUGCCACAAAUGAACGGAGGCAUGGGUAUGCAAGCCCACUACAACCCUGCAUUCUUUACCCAGCAGCAACAAGGACAGCAAGGCGGCAGCUCGGGGGAUGCGAACUGGAACCCGCAUGGUGCAAAACGAACGAGACAAGAAUGA